AUAAAUAAGAAAUUUACACUCUGGUAUAUGAAUGAAAAAAAUUUCAUAAAGUAAAUGAAAAAAAAUGGAAAAGCAGCUCUAGGUAAGAAAUUGUCAUAAAAUAAAUGGAAAAUGGAAAAAACUUGGUGGUUAAAAUACCUAGUAAUUAGGAGCCCGUGGGCCAUGGAAUAAGUCCAUCGAAGAGUCCGUUCCUUUUCCCGCCAAAACUAGUGCAGUCCAUUUCCUUUCUUCCCGCCAAAACCACACUGACUAGGCCCUAUGGUGCAAAAAGAGUCUCCGUCUUGCGUGAAUCUGAAAUUCUCCCUUUGUAUCUACCCCUAUCUCCCGUAGUGUAAACGGCAGGGGAGCGAGAGCCAAGAGAUGGCGAUCAACGAAGAUAGAAGCAGUCACAAGCGAGCAUUCUUGGAGUUUCUCGAUCAAAAUGUAUACAAGGAUGAAAUAAAAGCAAUGAUUAACCACAAGCGUCAUCGUCUCAUCGUCAACAUUUCAGAUCUCCAUGCUUUUCAGGACUUUGGCCCUAGGGUAUUGAGGAAUCCAAGUGAGUACAUGCAACCAUUCUGUGAUGCAGCAACAGAUGUGGCACGUAGCAUUGAUCCUAAGUAUUUAAAGGAGGGAGAGCAAGUUGUUGUUGGAUUUGAGGGUCCUUUUGUAUCUCGCCGAGUCACUCCAAGGGAGCUUCUUUCUGAAUUUAUUGGCUCCAUGAUCUGCGUUGAGGGCAUUGUUACUAAAUGUUCUCUUGUAAGGCCAAAGGUCGUCAAAAGUGUUCAUUUCUGCCCUUCAACUGGAGAUUUCACUACUCGUGAAUAUCGUGAUAUUACAUCUAAUGUGGGUUUGCCCACUGGUUCUGUUUAUCCUACAAGGGAUAAUCUUGGCAAUUUGUUGGUGACUGAGUAUGGGAUGUGCACAUAUAAAGAUCAUCAAACCUUGUCAAUGCAAGAAGUGCCUGAAAAUUCCGCUCCUGGUCAGCUUCCAAGAACAGUGGAUAUCAUAGUUGAGGAUGAUCUGGUUGAUUCAUGUAAACCUGGAGAUCGUGUUGCUAUUGUCGGGAUAUAUAAAGCACUUCCUGGAAGAAGCAAGGGCAGUGUAAAUGGAGUAUUCAGGACUGUUGUCAUUGCUAAUAAUGUUUCUUUGCUUAAUAAGGAGGCUAAUGCACCGAUUUACAGUCCAGAAGACUUGAAGAAUAUAAAAAAGAUAGCUGAAAGAGAUGAUGCAUUUGACCUACUCGGUAAUUCACUGGCACCUUCGAUAUAUGGGCAUUCAUGGAUAAAGAAAGCAGUAAUACUAUUGAUGCUUGGUGGAGUGGAAAAGAACUUGAAAAAUGGCACCCAUUUACGAGGUGACAUUAACAUGAUGAUGGUCGGUGAUCCCUCUGUUGCCAAAUCUCAACUUUUAAGAGCAAUAAUGAAUAUUGCUCCUUUGGCUAUAUCAACCACAGGGCGUGGUUCUUCUGGUGUAGGGCUGACAGCUGCUGUUACUUCUGAUCAAGAAACAGGGGAAAGAAGGCUAGAAGCUGGAGCAAUGGUUCUUGCAGACAGAGGUGUUGUCUGUAUUGAUGAGUUUGACAAGAUGAAUGAUCAGGAUCGUGUUGCUAUACACGAAGUUAUGGAACAGCAAACUGUAACUAUUGCUAAGGCUGGCAUUCAUGCAUCUCUAAAUGCUCGUUGUAGUGUGGUGGCUGCUGCUAAUCCCAUAUAUGGAACUUAUGAUCGUUCAUUGACACCAACAAAAAACAUUGGACUUCCAGACUCUUUGCUUUCUCGUUUUGAUUUACUGUUCAUUGUAUUGGAUCAAAUGGAUCCUGAUAUUGACCGUCAAAUAUCGGAGCAUGUCUUGCGUAUGCAUCGUUAUCGUUCUGCAACUGAUGGAGGUGAAGGCACACUUGAUGGAGGUGCAAGAUAUGGAAGAGAGGAGGAAGCUGAUGCUGACUCAUCUGUCUUUGUUAAGUAUAACCGCAUGCUUCAUGGGAAGAAAACAGAUAGGGGCCGGAAGCGUGAUACUCUUACAAUCAAGUUUCUUAAGAAGUACAUUCACUAUGCAAAGCACAGAAUUCAGCCUGAUCUUAGUGAUGAGGCAUCUGAACAAAUUGCAACAGCAUAUGCUGAACUCAGGAGUUCUAGUUCAACUGCAAAGACUGGAGGAACACUUCCUAUCACUGCCAGAACCUUAGAAACCAUAAUACGUCUCUCCACUGCUCAUGCCAAAUUGAAAUUGAGUAGGAAGGUUUCCAAGUCUGAUGUUGAAGCUGCCCUAAAAGUAUUAAAUUUUGCUAUAUAUCAUAAAGAAUUAACUGAGAUGGAGGAGAGGGAACAAGAAAGGGAGAGCGAAUUAGAGAGAAAACGCAGAGCUGAGCGCCGUUCUGAUAGAAGUGAUAGAGAUGGCCACACUGAUGUGGAAAUGGGAGGUCCAACAGCAGAUGCCAUGGAAGUAGAUGACCCUCCUGCUGAGCAAGCAACCACUGAGUUAUCUCCAGAAAGAGUUGAAGCAUUUAAUUCUGCAUUUCGUGAGCAUAUGCGCUACUUGGAUAGCAUUACCAUUGAUGACCUAGAGAAUGCUAUCAAUGGAGGAGGUACUCAAUACUCGAGAGAAGAGAUAAUGUUCUUAUUACAGAAACUGCAUGACGAGAACAAAGUGAUGAUAGCUAACGGAAAGGUCCAUAUGGUGAUAUCAUAAGUUGUGCGAAUUGCAAUGGCAAAUUUUAAGCAGAAUUUCAGGGACAUGGUAAAUCAGUAAGCGAAGCAGUUGCCUUGGAGCGCCGAAUGGCACGACGGUGGUAGCUGCAGAAUUCAAAAACAUGAUUGGUUAAAGUAUUCUGGAAGCAGAAGUGAAGAUUGGUGUAAGAAAAAAACUGGGUUUGCAGCUUUGCCCUUAGCAUUUGAGUAACGUCAGGCCCGUGAAAAACAACAUAUCAGAGUGUAUUCCGAUGCUUGGUAGGAAAUACCAGUAGUGGUUAAGACUUGCAAUUUUUUGUCUUUUUCUUGGCUGUCAAUGCCAUCUACCAUUUCUAGAUACAAGAACAAAUCAAGCAGCAGAUUAAAGACGAUUUUUAGGGUGUCCUCAUGUAAAUCUCCUUCAAUUUAAAGACGUUGCAUAUUAUAUUUA